UCAUAGACUAUGAACGUGCAUGUGUUUUGAUAAAAAGUAUUGAGGUUAUAUAUUUAUAUCCUUUUUUUUUUGAAAAUAAAAACAUUAGUUUAUUUAAAUUCUGAUACUUUAAGUUAUUAAAGCUAACAUUACUUUUAAACAUCAUUCAAGUUUUAAAUAGUUAAUUAUUUGGAUAUAAGUAUUUAAGAAAUCAAAAAUUAUAACACUUAUUGUAAAGAAUUUGAUAUAAUUUUGUAAAAAUGUUCAAAACUGGAUUCAUUAAACUUGAUAAAAGUCAAGAAACUAGUGUCCAUGAACAGAAAACUCAUCAACCAGAAAGAGGAGUUGUUUAUUUAUCUCACAUUCCUCAUGGAUUCUAUGAAAAUGAAAUGAAACAAUAUUUUUCACAAUUUGGUGAAGUAACAAAUAUUAAUAUUCCUAAAAGCAAAAAAACCGGAAGAGCUCGUGGAUUUGGUUUUGUUGAGUUUGAGUACCCAGAAGUUGCAAAAGUUGUAGCAGAAACUAUGGAUAAUUAUUUAAUGCACAAAAAAAUUAUUAAAGCUAAAUAUUUACCACCAACAGAAGUAAAGAAAUCAUUAUUUAAAUAUUGUAAUAAAAAACAAAUACCAUCAGUCAUCAAACAUAGAUCUAUUCAAAGAAAAAUAAUGGAAAGGCCUUUGGAUCCUGAACGUAUAGAAAAAAGUAAAAAUAAAUUAGAAAAACGACUAAAUGCUAUAAAAAAGAAGUUAGGUAGCAAGGGAAUUCAGUAUGACAUUCAAGUUUAUAAUUUUGAUGAUACAUUAAAAAACUCAAAAUCUAGAAAUUCUGAAAAAACACCUAAGGUAAAAGUUGUAAAAAAAAGUAAUGAAACUGAAAAAAGAAAACUAAAAGCUGUCAAUUUAAAUGUUAAAAAAUCUUAAAAAUUAUAUUAAAAAAAUUGUAAUUCUUGUUUAAUUUGUAUAACUUAUAAAAAAUAUAUUUGACAACUUUUUUGUUA